CGUUGACUUCUCUUACAAAAAUUUGCAUGCUGCUAAUGACUGGCUGUUAAAAGGAAAAAACAAAUGGUGGAGCAACAGAGUGUUGUUGCUCAAACUGAAAGCAAUGGGCCAGCGGAAGAGAAUCUCUUCAGCCAGUUGCUCACUCACUCCUAACUCCUCUCCUCCCACACCCAUCUAAUAAUACUUUUCUUCUGCCCUCGUGCUGCCUUCGUCGUGGUCCACUACGGGCAUGUUGAUGAGCCACUCCGCCUUGUAAUUAUUUAAUGCUCUUCUCUCCCUCCCCGUAAAGCGAAGUGUCAACUGCACUCUCCUUGUGGAUCGGAGGGAGUUUCAACUCUCCAUCCACUCCAAGCUUUUUCCAAUUAUAAAACUACUCUUUGCCCCCCUCUGUCUCUCCGUCUGGCGUUUCACCUGUGCCUUUAUUUUGAGUUUGGAUGUGUCCAAUUGCGACGUUGGGAAAAAAAUUGAAGGAUUUAGGAUUUAGCAGGUAAAGCCUCGUUCGGAGUUAGUGUUGUUGGUGGUGGAUGAGUUUUUAGGCUGCUCAGGAUUUCCCCUUCCUCUGUUUCUUGCCGACUACAUGGAUUCUGUGGCAGAAGCCAUGGGCUUCAGCAGCAGCAACAGGUACGACGACCACCGGUUCGUCACCUCGAAUUUCGUCAAGCGCAGGAGGACGAAGCGGCGGGCAGCGCCGGGCGCCACGCUCGGGCCUGACUCUUCCGUCUCGUCGGCGGAGAUUUCAAGUGGCACCGCCGUCACCGAGGAAGAUGAGGACAUGGCCAAUUGUCUGAUCCUCCUCGCUCGGGGAGGCGCGACGACGCCAACGGCUUCCGAUGCCUACCGGUGCAAGACGUGCAGCAGGUGCUUCCCCUCCUUCCAAGCCCUCGGCGGCCACCGCACCAGCCACAAGAAACCCAAGACGAUGGCCCUCCAUGACGCAGCCGAUGAAACACAGGUCCACCAGGUGGCCGCCGCCGGUGCCUUGAUCACGAGGCCGGCCGCGACUGCAACGAGCAACGACGACGCUGCUGCUGCCGCCGGCAACAAGCCGAGAGUUCACGAGUGCUCGAUAUGCGGAGCGGAGUUCUCGUCCGGCCAGGCGCUGGGCGGACACAUGCGGCGGCACCGCCCGUUGACGGCCCCGGCAGGGCCGCAGCAAAUCAUCAAGCAAGACAAGACCGUCAUCUCCCUGGAUCUCAAUCUCCCAGCGCCGGCCGACGACGACGGCGAAUUAGACAAUAUAACAGAGUCCCCGGCCGUGCCCUUCCCCUUUGAGACCCGGCGACCGCUUGUUUUCUCGGCGUCGUCUCUGGACUGGUCCAGCAGCAGGAAGGAAUUAAGUGGCCGAGUUGAGUUGGCUUUUGUCUCUGAAAGCUUUUGUCUUCUCCACCACCAAGAAAAAGCUAUGGAUCAGGUUCUCACCCCAUGAGCUUGAUUUGUCUGCAAUCUAACCUCCCAGCCCCCCUGGCACUAAUUGCCAAUCGAAUAAAAGAAGAUAUAGUUGAGGAAAAGGCAAGUAGAUAGAUAGAUAUAUAGGUAACCCUCUCUGUCAAGAAAUCCAGCACACACUUGUACUAGAAAUACAAGUGUGUGGAAGAAAUGCAUGUAAACGUAUCUGCUAUAAACUCAUGCUUAUCUCCUUAACUGACCUAACCCCAUGACUGGAAGCUGAGAAGCUAGCUGCCAAGUUU